UCGAGACUCGAGACCUUUCAACAAGAUCCCUGCAUAAUAGAUCCGUGCAAGCCGGAACCAGCGGUUGUCAUCAUCGGCGCUGGCAUGGCCGGAUUAUCGGCGGCGCAUCGGUUGGCUCAGUGCGGCUUUCAAAAAUUUACGGUCCUAGAGGCGACGGAUAGGCCGGGUGGUCGAAUCCACUCGUGCUGGAUGAGCGACGUGGUGGCGGAGAUGGGAGCCACGUGGAUUGAGGGUGGCUGCGUAGCGAACCCGGUGUUCACGUUGGCGGCGCAGGAAGGCCUGCUGAAGUCGCCGCUGUCCCGCCGACCGGAUCCUAGUCGCGAGCUCUUCUGCACCAGCGAUGGCAGGGCUAUCGAUUUGCCGGUGAGCAUCACGGCGUACCACACCUUUCGGCGGAUCGAGCAGCAAGCGGCGGCCCUCUUCGCCCUUGGUGGCAGCCGCGUGCACGGUACGUUGCUGAAUUUUAUGGGCAUCAGAAUCCAGCAGGAACUGCACAACUUCCCGGAGGAGCAACGAUACGAUGCCGCAAGGGUGAUGUAUGGUCUGACGAAUUGCGUCAGGUGCCAAUGCGGAGAUGAUCUCUCGCUCGUCUCGGCCGAUCAAUUUGGCAGUUAUAUCGAAAUCCCCGGCGGCGACAUUAGGGUGCCGUUAGGCUACGUAGGGGUGUUGGCGCCUUUGCUUCGGAAUCUGCCUAAUUCUUGCAUCAAGUACUGCAAACCGAUCGAGUGCAUCCGAUGGGGCACAGCGAGCAAUGCGAGUCCUCGAGCUGUCGUCAAAUGCUGCGACGGCGAUGAACUGCCCGCUGAUUACGUCAUCGUCACGGUCUCGCUCGGCGUCUUAAAGCGACAGCACGAGAAAUUAUUCUGUCCCAAUUUACCCGCAGAGAAGGUCGAGGCGACCAACAAACUUGGCUACGGACACGUCGGCAAGAUCUUCCUCGAAUACACCAGGCCUUUCUGGGUUUGGCGGGAAGGUGGCAUCAAGCUGGCUUGGUCGCCGGAAGAGUUGUCGGAUAGAAAUGAUUGGGUGAAAGGUGUGACGAAUGUGGAGGAGUUGCCGAAUUCUCAACACGUGCUGUGCGCCUGGGUGUGCGGACACGAGGCGUUGGACAUGGAGUUAUGUUCCGACGAGUUAGUGGUGGAGUCGAUAACACGGCUCCUUCGUCAAUUCACCGGUGAUCCCACGCUGCCUUACCCAGCUAACAUUUUAAGGAGCAAGUGGUGCACGGAUCAAUACUUUGCCGGGGCUUACAGCUACAUGGCGAUGGGCAGCACCGUUGACCACCAAUGCAACCUGGCUGCUCCUUUACCAGAAUCCUGCGAUUCUCCCAUACUCUUGUUCGCGGGUGAGGCUACUAUACCAGGACAUUAUAGCACGGUGCACGGCGCAAGGCUCAGCGGUAUCCGCGAGGCCGAGAGAAUCAUUCAAUUGACGAAACGACACGGCUGUCCGCCGAAGAAAGUAUGCUCCAAGUCGUAA